GCAAAGGGGAGCGCGGCGGCAGAAAAAGUUCAACAGUGUGUGUUGUGAUGCCAUACGGCGCGCAUCUGCUGUUCCGCACGGUAACCGGCACGACCGCGAGUGGCGAGAGUUGUGAUGCUGCAAAAGUUUUCCUAGUUCGGGCUGAGCUGGCCCGUGCGUGCGGUACCGUAGAACCGGCGAACACCGGAGGACACUUCAACUUGUUCAAUGCUCAAGUGACUGCGUUUCACUCCUGACUCAGCAUACCCCACCAGAAGAUUGAUGUCGUCCAUGGCUGACCCAACUGCAAUGCAUCCUGGGAAGCGGCAGUGGGGGGCUCCGCCUCCAGAUGGGGGGUGGGGUUGGGUCAUCGUCGGCUGCUGCUUCAUGGUUACAGUUUGUACCCGUGCUGUUACAAGGUGUAUCUCAAUCUUCUUUGUAGAAUUCCAGGCGCAUUUUGGAGGAGACUAUUCUGGGACUGCCUGGAUACACAGUCUAGUUGACUGUACCACUAUGCUCUGUGCUCCACUAGGCAGCGCUGUAGCCACCAGGUGGUCCAGCCGGGUGUCGGUGGUGCUGGGGGGUCUCCUGUCCUCCUCCGGUCUCCUGCUCAGCUCCUUCUGCUCCAGCCUGGAGGGGCUGUACCUCACCCUGGGUGUCAUCACUGGUGUGGGCUUCGCCCUGUGCUACACCCCCGCCAUCGCCACGGUGGGCUGCUACUUUAGCCGCCGCAAGGCGCUGGCGUACGGCAUCGCCAUGUCGGGCAGCGGCAUCGGCACCUUCGUCCUGGCCCCGGCCGUCCAGAUCCUCAUCGACUACUACAGCUGGAGGGGCGCCCUCCUCAUCCUCAGUGGCCUCGUGGCCAACCUGUGUGUGUGUGGCGCCCUGCUUCGUCCCAACACCAACGGCCACAACCCGGACAUAGAGGAGCGGGGUAACCAGUACCAGGGAGAAAAACCCCCUAAGGAAACGUCGCUCCUUCAGGAUCCUACGCUCCUUAAGGAUCCUACUCUCCUUAAGGAUCCUACCCUCCUUAAGGAGCCUUCGGUCGCCGCCUCGCUGACGUCUCUUCAGCGGCCUUCAGGAGUUGACGUCGCAGACCACGCCCCCUCUUCCAGCUGCAAGCCAAUCGGAGGGCGGCGCCUCAGUUCCUGCUUCCUGUCCAGCAGGGACUACGAGUUCCUGCUGCUGCCUGACUUCGUGUGUCUGGCCAUGUCCUUCCUUCUCCUGGCCAGUGGCUGCAGCCUGCCCUUCGUGUACCUGGUGCCCUACGCCCUGAACUCCGGGGUCAGCAGCCAGAACGCGGCGCUCCUCAUGUCCACCCUGGGCGCCGUGGGCAUCGUAGGAAACAUCACCUUCGGCUGGCUCACCGACAGGAGGUGUCUGAAGCCAUAUCGCCGGGCGUGUUACACUGUUGCCGUGGCGAUGGAAGGCGUGUGUUGUGUGUGUGUCCCCUUGCUUUGCACCUUCUACCAGCUCCUCCCCUUCUCCGUGCUCUACGGGUACUUUGACGGGGCCUACGUGGCUCUCAUCCCCGUGGUAACCAGCGACGUCGUCGGCCCCGCCCACCUCUCCUCCGCUCUGGGCGUCGUCUACUUCCUGCACGCCAUCCCCUACCUGAUUAGUCCGCCCGUAGGAGGAUGGUUGGUCGACAAGACGGGGAGCUACGCCGCCACCUUCUUCCUCAGUGGCACCGCCCUCCUGGCCAGCGCGUCGGUCCUCUCCACCAUCGCCUGGAUACAACACUGUCGGCGCCACGCGUCAUUGAAGGCGUCACCCGUGGCAACCAAGGCUAACAUCUCUAAGGACACUGAGCCCCUCCCCCUUGGCCUAGCCAACCAAUCGGACUGCUUCAUUGUUUAUAACAAAGAGGCUAAAGACGCGAUGCCCGCAGACAGCCAGGCGAUAGCUUCCUAGCAGUGACUCACAGUGUGAUGCUAGCUAUGCUAAGCAUAAUGGCUGCAUAGCCGUAGCUCACACUGUGACCCUAAAGAUGCUAGCUAUGCUAAGCAUAAUGGCUGCAUAGCAGUAGCUCACACUGUGACGCUAAAAAUGCUAGAGAUGCAAAGCCUAGUUAAUGACAGUGGACCAAAGUACUGGCAAUACCAAAGAGCAUUCAAAGAGUAAGUGAUCAAAUACCUCAAAGGAAAAGUAUCGCUGAUCAUAUGUGACGGGGUGAAUUUAUGGAAUUGGAAUUCUACCAUAAUGGACUUUAUGGUAUUGGACUUAGAAAUUGGACUUAACAACCUAAUUGUAUUGUACACUUGUUUUGUUGCUAAGUGUGUCAGGAAGGCAGGCCGGCUUAAUGGGAUAUGAAUCAAAAAGUCACAUAUGCCAUUAUUCCCUGCUCUCAGUGAGCUUGUUAGAUGAUAAAGUCUCCGUAGACUUUGAACAACUUCAAAAUUGGUGUUAUAGCACCCAGAAAACGGCAGGUCUAUGGCCAACUUGAAGCGCCACAUUGGUCCUCCCAUCCCCACAGCGUCACACGGUACACACCUGUACUGUACCUGUACAGUCAAAUCGUCUAACAGGCCCCCUGGUCUUGUUCUCAUCUCUCAACGGAGCGCCUUGAAGGGCGUGCUUUGACUGUGCUUCCGGUGGAUGGAUGUCUGCUCCCGUUUGCGUUUGCUUUGUCAAAUCCCUCGUCAAAAGUCUUUACAUUUCAAUUUCUUCAUUGUUCUAGUCAUGUUCUGACGGUUCUCUCUCUAUAAACCGACAUAUACAGCUGACAGAAAGUAAGAGAAAGGAUCUGGGAGAUUCAGGAGAGCAGACGUGCCUUCUCCCAGCCCACACCGCUGCCUGCAAUUGGAUAACAUUAAUGAUUGUGUUAGGGAUCAGCCCUCAUACAUUGCGUUGACUAUUGUUCCCUGUGUUCAACCGCUUAUGCAAACACAACAGUUCCAAAGUAUAUCUGUCCUGAAACCCGGUUAAAGAGUUACUGGUGGUCGAGCUCCAGGCCAAGUAUAGAAGAACAGAAAUCUGAGGUCAAUGAGGUAGUACCAAACCUGAUAAAUGUUACACAACCAACACCCGGAAUGCUUCUAACUGUUGAAGGCCUUAUAAUCUUCUUUCUAUUCAAAUUUGGGGACUGUUAAAUAUUGUUCAAAGAGUAAGUGAUCAAAUACCUCAAAGGAAAAGUAUGGCUGAUCAUAUGUGACGGGGUGAAUUUAUGGAAUUGGAAUUCUACCAUAAUGGACUUUAUGGUAUUGGACUUAGAAAUUGGACUUAACCACCUAAUUGUAUUGUACACUUAAUUUGUAUUGUACACUUAAUUUGUAUUGUACACUUAAUUGUAUUGUACACUUAAUUUCCUGACACACUUAGUGUGUCAGGAAAGCAGGCCGGCUUAAUGGGAUAUGAAUCAAAGUCACAUUUGCCAUUAUUCCCUGCUCUCAGUGAGCUUGUUAGAUGAUAAAGUCCCCGUAGACUUUAAACAACUUCUAAAUUGGUGUUAUAGCACCCAGAAAACGGCAGGUCUAUGGUCAACUCGAAGCGCCACAUUGGUCCUCCCAUCCCCACAGCGUCACACGGUACACACCUGUACUGUACCUGUACAGUCAAAUCGUCAAACAGGCCCCCUGGUCUUGUUCUCAUCUCUCAACGGAGCGCCUUGAAGGGCGUGCUUUGACUGUGCUUCCGGUAGAUGGAUGUCUGCUCCCAUUUGCGUUUGCUUUGUCAAAUCCCUCGUCAAAAGUCUUUACAUUUCAAUCUCAAUUUCUUCGUUGUUCUAGUCAUGUUCUGACGGUUCUCUAUCGUAUCGAGACCAUCUCUCCACUCCGUUACAUAUUCCAUAUGUACGGGAUUGGAGAGAUGGUCUCUUCACUCAGAGAACCAGGGUUACCACGGGUUACCUCGAGCUACAGGCCAAGUAUAGAAGAACAGAAAUCGGAGGUCAAUAAGGUAGUACCGUACCUGAUAAAUGUUACACAAUUAACACCCUGAAUGUUUCUAACUGUUGAAGGCCUUAUAAUCUUCUUUCUAUUCAAAUUUGGGGAAUGUUAAAUAUUGUUGAGCUUAAUGUUUUCUUGUUCCAUGUUUCAAUGAGCUUUAUUUUUGUCAUUAUUGUUUGACAUAUUUUUGUUGUUGUUCGAACCGAAUCAUUGUACUUGUGCCAUGACGUUAAUUACAUUGUAUUAUCAGGGACCUUAAUGUUAUAAUCGAUAUGCCUUGUGAUGGUCCUAACACUUGAUUUUACAAAAGAUGUAAAGUUUUUCUCUUUAGGUUGAGGUGGAUGUAGUUUUCCUUGUUGACCAGAAGAGGGAGACUGAUAUUCUUUGUAACCAAAGCAUUUCUCUCAGCUUACUUGACAAACUGACUUCCUUCUAACUCAGGAACAUGUUCUAUUGGAUAGAAAUAUCCAAUCGAGAAAUAAUAAAUUAAUAAAUAUCUUACCAUAUUUUUGCUAUCUUUUUCAUCUCGUAUCCAAAAACCGGAUUGCUGAGUAGUAUAUGGUUGUUUCGGAUGUUAACUUUGUACUUUGAAGUAGUUAACAUUCGGAACUCCAAUGUACGAUUGAACAACCUUUUGAAAAGGUUAAUGGUCAUUGUAUAAAAAUGCUGCUGAUUACGAUACUUGAUUUUGAGUACUAAAGUGUGACGUCACGUUUCCAUAACAACCGAUUUUUGGUUCCACAUAAACCAAAUGAACAUGGGGGAAAUCUUAUGACAUAAGAAAAGGAACGAUUUUUUUUUGCGAAUGAUUUGCGAGUUUGCUUUACCAAUGAUGUAAGUGUGCACUCACAGUAGGCCAUCUGGCCGUGGCCGUUGGCCGUUUUCACACCUAACCGUGCUCAACUGGCCCCAUUGUUCUCUGGCCUGCACUCACACUAGUAGGCUCUUGUAAAUACGACAUCACGUCGUCACCAAGCAUCCGCUGCAUGGACCAUAAUAAAGUCUGCCUUCUCUAUGGGACCAACGCACCAACAUGAACCAACAGUUGAACCGCUUGACGCCAUGUUUACCGUUUAAUGGGAAAGAAGGCUCGUCGCCUUUAUUAUGUCCAUGGACUAUACGUCAUCCAGCUCAGGUUGCGUAGCCGCGCGUGUGCGCUUGUCGGCUCAUUAGCAUCUGUACCGUUGCGGCCCGUACCGUAGCAGCACACCUCUCCCAAGUGGCCAAGUUGGCCUGGCCCGACUGGCCACACUCACACUGGCAGAUUUGAGCACGGUUAGGUGUGAAAUGGGCCACGGCCAGAUGGCCUAGUGUGAGUGCACCCUAAGUAAUAUUGAGACUGGGCCAACUUACCGUUACAUUAUAAACUUUCAUGCUAGCGCGAAAUUUUCCUUUUAAUACCCCAGGGGCACUGGUGUAGUCCAGGGUAUACGCGGGUAUACCCACUUAUUUUUCAGUCAGCAUUGCGUAAAACCACUUCUAAAUCCCCCCAGAUGCGAACCAUUCAGAAGUAUCUGCAAGCCAAAUUUCCCACUUUUUCCUGUGCGUUCACACCAAACGCGACGGCGCGACAGGAUCCCAUACAAAGUGAACGUAGAGACGCGAAUCGGGCGAAUUUAUCGUGAGAGAAAACCGGCGACAAGUGUUGAUUUGCGAGCCACACUUUCGCCGUGCACAGGCGAGCGCGUUCACGAGGAUUUGUGGUGCGAAAAAUCGCAUGAGUUGAAAUAUCUCAACAUUGACACGAAUUUCGCGUGAUGACAGCCAAUCAGCGUUCAACAGCGUGGCCACUGAGCUACUCUGCCUUUUAUUGGCUAAUACUCGCUGCCUUUACUGAUUAGAUUGUUGAAUAAUUUGAAUGAUGUUACUGGUUCAAUCAUCAUUUGAUAUUUAUAUUGAUAUUAUCUUUAUCUAACGAGAUGAUUGAUGUGUAAGAGAAUGAUGUGCGUUUUUUUUAAUCUAAGGUGAAAUAUGAACGAGGAUGCAUUGUCAAAUUCAGAUCUGAAGUU